CGAAGAAGAAUAUUCAUCCCAACCGCCGCGGGCGACAGAGACGGCCGCGGAGUUCGCGCCGCCGGGGAAGGAGCAGCGGAGGUCAGCCGGCGUCUACCCAUCCUCCUGCCACUUUCCUGUCCGGCCGGCGAAGUAACUAAACGCGGGCGGUUCGUUCCGUUCGCUUCGUUGGUACAGGAUCAGGAUGAAGGAGGAGGAGAAGGAGAAGGCGCCGCCGCACCCGCAUGCCCAUGGCGCCGCCGCCGCCGACGCCGCCCCUCCUCCUAGGGCGCGACUCGGAGAUGAACAUGGAUCUGCUUCUGUGUAUCGUGUUGGUGCGCUGGAGAAGGCGAUUGCAGGGUUUGCGUAGAGGGAAACUGAGUCCGUGGUCAAUCCAACUGUCGGGAGUUUCUUUGUUUCUCUUGACGAGGCUUAUGAAUUCUACAACAUUUAUUCUUGGGAAUCUGGUUUCGGAGUUAGGUAUGGAGCUAGCAGUAUGGAUUCUCAUGGAACUAAAUGCAUACAACAACUUGUUUGCGCGUGUGAGCUAUGAUAUUCAUCCUCCCCUUGUAGUUAAGGGUAAACCGUCCAAGGACAGCGAUUCAUUUCGUCGGUGUGAAUGCAAAGCGUCAAUUCUUUUGCUGAGAUCCAGAGACGGCGGAUGGCGUGUGUGUGAGCAUCAAGUUGGGCAUAACCAUCCACUUUCUAAGAUGUGUGCGCAGAGGUCAUCUUGGCAGUCUCAUAGUAGUAUUGACAAGAACACAAGGGGCUUGAUUCGUCAACUAAGGGAAAACAAUGUGCCACACAUUGAUGAUAAUGAUGCAAAUAAUCCGCUGUCUGAUGAUAUCCGGAAGACAGAGGAAACCUUUGCUAGGAUCAAAGCAAAGGAUCCAACAUUUGGUUACACUGGUUUGCAGCUUGAUAGUAACUGGAGAGUAAGGCCACUACUCUGGACCAGUGGCCAGAGCCUUCAGUACCAAUACUUCGGGGAUGUGAUUAUCUUCGACACCACCUACAGAUCGGACAAGUAUGGGACGCCGUUCGGCCUUUUUGUUGGAGUCAACAACAACUUUGAGACCAUAUUGCUUGGUGGGGUGCUGAUGAUAAACGAGAAAACGGAGAGCUACAAAUGGGUGCUCAGUCAGUUCUUCCAAUUAAUGGGUAGGGAACACCCCAAAACUAUACUGACCGAUCGCUGCGAGGCAAUUGAGGAAGCUGUAUUGGAGGUACUGCCAUCCACCACGCACAGAUGGUUCAAGUGGAAUGUCCUUCGCAGGGCAAAGGACUACCUUGGUUUUCAUUACACCAAAACGAGUAGCUUCCGAGUGGGGCUCCACAAAAUUCUGAACGACAUGCUGACGGCUGAUGAGUUUGAGAGAGCAUGGGCGAUGCUGCUAGAGAAGCAUGGAUUAGCGAAUCAUCCAUUUCUGAAGGAGAUCUAUGAGGUGCGGCACAAGUGGGUUAAGGCAUACUUCAGCGACAUAUUCUGUGCUACACUGACCAGCACACAGAAGAGCGAGAGCGCGAAACACUUUCUGAAACAACAUCAUGUUCCAAGGGAUUGCUCAAUGGAGCUUUUCGCCUUACAGUAUGAGAAACUGCGGUCCGAUCAACAACCGGACUAUGGGUUUCAGGAGAAGAGGACUACUAUGGAUGAGAUUGUUCUGAGAACAAAUCUACCAAUCGAGAAGCAUGCCGGCGAGGUGUACACAAAACCGGUGUACGAACAAUUUGUGCAAGCCUUACGCGAAUCUGAGCCUUACGUGGUGGAGGCAGUCAUCCCCAACCUGAGGUACAUAGCACGGCGUCCCAGCAGUGAAACUAGGAUGAAAUGUCUAGGGUGGAAUAUGAGGUGAAUGUUAGAGAAGACGGCGAAGCAUUCAUGUGCGUGUGCAAGCAAUUCGAGCACACGGGGAUGCUCUGCUGCCAUGUUGUCAAGGUGAUGAUCCACCUGGGCGUGCUUGAAAUACCAAGGUUACACGUCAUGCCGCGCUGGACAGCCAGACCGCUCCAGUGCCAGAUGCACUGCCGCGGUGAACCUCGGACGGACACGUGCCAGCAAUGCAGGCACUCCGUGCUGCAUGACAAGUUCUUAGACCUAGCGUGCCUCGCCUGUGAGGAUGAUCGGUGCUACGAGGUCGUUGUGAGGGGCAUCGGCAAACUGAACAGAGAAUUGGUGGCAGCAGAGGCCGCGCCCCGCCGCCGCAGCACCAAGCCGGCGCCGCGGAAGCCGAGGAGGAAGCGUUGAUUACUUGCCCCCGGAUGCCUGAAAGCCUGUCCGAUGCUUCGCGAGGCAUGGAAGGAAACCAAGAUAUGUCAACUGACUUGUUCUUUCUGGUUUCUUCUUUUUGCGAGUGUGGAUAACCUCUGAACCUGACCACGUAUGAACUAGGCUAGAUCAGUAGUAGUAUUUUGCAUGUUCGGCAACGGCCUGGCACCAUGGUUGGUUGAUUGCUAGGGAUGGCGGCCCGUGUAUACAUGUCGAGGCGACCAUGUGUGCCAGUAAAACCAAUUGGGUGUGCAAUGUCAGCAGAAUAGGAUGACAUACAUGGUCCAUAAACGGUCUUGUGUCGUAUCAGAACUCCCCCGAGGAUGUUUCUACCUGGGUUGGGCAUCUAUCACGCCCGAAUCCUAUUCAGGCCUUAAGGCGCCGAAUACUUCUU